AUGGCCGAAGCCUUGGGCUUGGUCGCCAGCAUCAUCGCCGUGGUUCAGGCCUCAGACGCCAUCAUCAAGAUCUGCAAGGGCUACAUUGAUUCAGUCAACGACUACCCCAGCGAUCUCCGCCGCGUCCUUCUUGAGGUCUCCAGCUUGAAGGGCAUCUUCGAUAACCUCGAGUUUCUUCACGAUACCGACGUGGAAUCCUCGCUGAUUCUGACCAAUAUCGGGGCCAGAGACGGCCCCAUCGAAGGCUGUCGGCGAGUCAUUGCCGACCUGCGGCGACAGUUCCCGACCAGCGAAACCAACGUCGAGCCAUCUACCAAAGAACCGUCUAGAAAGCGAAGAAAGAUUAAGGAUGCUCUGGGGCGACUGGCUUGGCCGUUAAAGCAGACUAAGGUCAUGGGCCUGCUAAACGAGCUGUCCCAGUACAAGUUAACCAUUACAACCGCCUUUUCAGCAGAGCUAGUUCACCAUGUUAGGCAAAUGAAUGGAAGAGUCCAGCGCAUCAGCGAAGCAAUUGACGCCGAGUCUAAGCGCAAAUUUGGAGAAUGGCUAUCACAUACCAAUCCUUCCUCGAACCACAACUCCGCAUGCUCUCAGUACGAACCGGGAACCUGCCGAUGGGUACUUGACCUCCCUCAGUGGACGCAAUGGCUCAACCAAGAUCUCCGAUGCCUCUGGAUCCAUGGUAUUCCCGGAGCUGGCAAGACGGUUCUAUUCUCUCAACUUGUUGAGGCGAUCCAGUCCCACAGUAGGACCUCCACUCAAUCAAGAUUAGGACAUGUGUACUACUAUUGCCAUCACGCCCGGAAUCAAGAUGAACUCGUUCCCUUUCUACGUUGGGUCCUGUGGCAGCUGAGCUCACAGGCGGACGCUGUCCCCGAGGGCAUUUACGCGACCUAUCGAAACAACCUGAAACCCUCCACCCCACAGCUUCUUGAAGCUAUUGGGGAGAUGCUGACUUAUUUUGACGCGGCAUUCAUCUUUUUGGACGCGAUUGACGAGAGCCAACCUCGAGAUUUACUUCUCAAGACCAUCUCUGACUUGCUGGGCAACGAUCGCUUCUCCAAACUUCAGCUCCUCGCUACAAGCCGAGAGUAUUUCGACAUUCAGAAUACAAUGCGAGCCCUGCCAAACUCAUGCCCCAUUUCCAUGGCCAAUGAAUCUUUACGGAGUGAUAUUGAAAUAUAUGUCAUGAGAGUCCUCACCGAAGACAAGCCAUUCCGUCUUUGGUCAUCCGAUCUUCGAGCGGAGGCCCGAAACUCCCUUCUUAGGGGCGCUAAGGGGAUGUUCCGAUGGGUUAUUUGUCAAGUUGACUUGCUCAGACGCAUGAGGCUCGUACCACGGACAGCUAUCCUGGACGCACUCCGCUCGCUUCCCGAAACUUUGGACGAGACCUAUGAAAGGAUCUUUUCUUUGAUACCCAAAGCGGACCGCGUAUAUCUUCGAUCAGCCCUUCAUUGGAUAAUCUUUUUUCGCCAUCCGGGUUUCACUUUGCCCCUCGGCUUUUACUCACUCAGUUCCUUAGCUGAGUUGGUCCUUCCACAUUGGGAGCGGUGUGACAUUGACGAAACAAGGUGGGAGGAGACGCUGCUGGACAUCUGCGGUUGUCUAAUAAGACGCACAUCCAACUACAAAGGACUCGAUACUAUAGAUCUGGCGCACUACACAGUUAGGGAGUUCCUGGAGUCUCGAGGCGGCGGCCAUUCGGCUUCAUCCCUUGCAGUCAAUACCCCAGAGCUGUUAACGGAACGUCUAACUAUGCUUUUUGACGAAAGACCGAGGGGGCGGUCAGGCCAACUCUACGAUCAGGUUCCUAUUCCCGAAGCAGACAUUCUUCAACUGAUCCCAUGGACGGUGAUCAUGGAAACCGAUGCAAAUUCCCAACUAGUCGACAUUUCCCUCAAGAAUGAUUCUAUACUACAGGCUAUUUUCAAGCUCAUCUCAUCAGGGCACCCGAUUCUUCCCCCUUCUAUCCAAGAGAAUUAUCAUCAUUACUUUCCGCAUUCUACAUGGACCUGGUUCGCGAUGGUAGCUUCCAAGAAUGUCAAGGGUGGUGUUCUCUAUGCCCCAGGAAGCCAGGAGUUGGACCCGGACACUUUCUUAUUCCUUACACUUCUGUUCAUCGGUAACGAUAAAUGGAUGUCGAAGUUUCUGGAAACUGCGAAUAGUCGAACUCUUUUUCAACAGCAUAUCGGGAUCCGCUUUGAUCACAACCUUCUGGAGGUAUUUGACAUCGUCAUUGAUUCCGACUGGCUAAACCGCUAUGGCAAAUGUUUUCAGACUGACAAUCCUCUCGAGUUGACGGGCAAUGUCAUCGAUGUCAUCUGUCAACUAGACGAACUUUGCUUGGACGGAUACGUUGGCCGAUUCAAAAUGAUCUAUCAGUAUGACCAAAAUCUGUUUGAUCUAGGAAGGUGUUUGGUGUCCGUGUUGAUAUCUACCUACGCCAUAAGAGACUACGAGUCCCAGGACCAAGACUCAUUGUGGGGCGUGGUGGAGAAUCUAGAAAUUGUUUUCAAAGAGGGGGCUGUUGUUACAUUCACGGGCAGUUGUUUGGGGGCUCUGCAAUUGGCUGUGAUUUUGAGAAUUCAAGAAGGUGGAUUUUUUUGGGUGGAUGGCAAUGGGGAUGAGGAUGACGUUUGUUUUGACCCUGUUAAAGAGCUCCUCUGUAGAGGCGCCGACCCGAACGAGAUUGGCCAAGGAGAGCGGUUUUCAAGGGAGUGGCUAACAGAACUUAAUUCUUACCAAGGACAAAGCCCUCUUCGUAUAUGCCGAAAUGCAAUGAGGGGUGAGGACAGGAUGGACCUACCCCAUCUGGAAGAACUGGAGGAACAACUGAUUAAGGCUGGGGGAAGGGACUUUUUUAAACUACCGGUAUAA